UUAAUUAUUUUUUCGUCUCUCAAAAACAGGGAAAAGAAACUAGACGAAGAAGAACCUUAGUAGUUAACGUGAAUUGAUAACUGAUAACUUUGUCAAAUUGUGCCUCAAACCCAAUAUCUGAUUCUGGGUGUUGCUCAGUUCAUCAUAUGGCUGCCAAUUUCUGGAUUUCUUCUCAAUACAAAGAACUUUUGGAUCCUGAAGAGGUUGACGUUGUGCAUCAGUUGGAUAAAGAGAGAGGCAUCACUCUCGAUGAUUUCAAGCUCAUCAAAUUGCAUAUGUCCAUUUAUGUUGCGAGAUUGGCUCAAAAUGUGAAAGUGAGACAAAGGGUUGUUGCUACCGCAAUUACGUACAUGAGACGCGUAUAUGUCAGGAGAAGUAUGACUGAGUAUGAUCCUCGUCUGGUUGCUCCAACUUGCUUGUAUUUGGCAUCAAAAGCAGAAGAAAGCACUGUGCAGGCCCGACUUCUUGUAUUUUACAUCAAGAAAAUGUAUUCGGACGAGAAGUAUAAAUAUGAAAUAAAAGACAUACUUGACAUGGAGAUGAAAGUUUUGGAAGCCCUAAACUAUUACUUAGUCGUAUAUCAUCCAUAUCGUUCAUUAUCACAGUUCCUUCAGGAUGCCGGCAUGAAUGAUGUAACUCAAUUGACUUGGGGACUUAUAAAUGAUACCUAUAAGAUGGACCUAAUUCUCAUUCAUCCGCCACAUUUGAUUACUUUAGCCUGCAUAUAUAUUGCAAGUGUGCUGAAGGAUAAAGAAGCUACUGCCUGGUUUGAGGAGCUUCGAGUUGAUAUGAAUGUGGUGAAAAAUAUAGCAAUGGAGAUACUAGAUUUUUAUGACGGCCAUAAAUCGAUCUCUGACGAGAGGGUAAACGCUGCCAUGAGCAAGCUAGCUGGAAGGUAGUUGAUACCAGGGCAGUGACGUAGGUUAUGUCACUUAGUUGUCUCUACUCUCUAGAUCUCUUGAAUGAUUGCUGAGUGACGAACAGAUUCCAGUGCAACUUCCAAGUAAGAGAUUCAAGGGUAAGGAGAGGAGGUGUGGCAACAUGUCAUAGGAUUGAGUCGAAUUUGAUGUACCGCCAUCCAGGCUGGAUCUAGAUUGUAACUUAUGUAUUUACAUGAAUCCAGUAGCUUUGCCCAGACCCUCAAUAUAUGUAUUUAAAAAAGCCAUUAAAUAUCUAUAAAUAUUAUUGUAUGUCAACAUUAUAUAUUAACUUGACAUUGAUGUAGGUUCAAAUACUGGAUAUUUGAGCAUUAUGAUA